AAAGAUUUUUCCUUAGAUUUUGUCAACCAAUUAAAAGAGAAUGAUGCAGCCAGUAGCAUUUGACCUCAGUAAUAUUUUAUGUUACGAUGAUCCAUUUGAACAUUAUGAUUUUUUUGAAAAUUCAGAAAUUAUAAGCCCUUUCAAUAAUAUUACUAGUGCUAUUGGCUACUCUUCUGAUGAUUCUACUCCUAGUCCUACUCCAAUAUUAUCCACGGUGGAGCGCCGUGCAGACGCUCCACCAACACGGUGGAGAUAUCGAGGGGUGAGGAGGCGUCGGUGGGGGAAGUUUGCGGCGGAGGUAAGGGAUCCAACGAGGAAACGGAAUAAUAAUAAUAAUAGGGUGUGGUUGGGGACAUAUGAGACACCUGAGGAUGCAGCAUUGGCUUAUGAUCGCGCUGCGUAUAAACUGCGAGGGACAAAGGCAUUGCUUAAUUUCCCACAUUUGAUUUGUUCAAAUGUGACUGAUGAUCACUAUAAUAGAGUUAGACCAAAGAGGCGUUUAGGUCUAAACUCUCUUGAUGAAAUUUCCAUUGCAUCCACCAAAACAAGCACUACUAAUGAGUACUCUCCUAGUGCAAAAAGGAGAAAUGUUGAGUUAAUAAACAGCCUUGCCAAAGCCAAUUUGAAUAGUCAUAGCAUCAUGGAGAGGUUUAAUCAGUUAGGCGCUUCGUGUUAAGAAAAAUCUCAUUUUGAAGUUGGAAUAAUGCUUGUUAUGAUCAAAAGAAAUUUUCAAUUUUCAAAGUUCGAACAUGAAUUUAAUUCUAUCGAGACUUGAAAAAAAUGUAUUGUCAAAAAUGUAUUCCCUUGAAUGGCUUAAUGAUCUUAUUAAAUAAUAUUGAUAUUCUGCUGUUUAUUCAUUUCAUUUUGAAUGGUAUAGAAGCUGCAUUAA